AUGUCUUCUGAACAGACAGAUAGUGAAACCCAAGUUGCUGAAGUCCUAUACUUCACGCAAUUACCUGUUGAAGCUGGUAUUGACAAUGAUGACAACCAAAUUUGGGUCUGGAAGGAUGUCACUGUCAUCUCGAUGUUCUCACUCCCUGACAAUGACCUCCUUGAAUUAUCAUGUCAUACUUCUAUUCUUGGUGUGGUUGGUAUGGUCCCACAUAAACCAACUCUUUCAUCUGGUGUUACCGAGGAUCGUUAUUUCAUGAUUGAAAAGCCAGGCCUUGAUAUUGUGACAUUUGGUGUCCCAUACAAAGGACCUGCAGCUCAAGACAAUCAGCUGGACAAACAAGAAGCAGAGGCUGGUGAAGAUGAUGGAGGUGCUUAG